GUUGAUUUCAUACUGGGUAGUUGGGUUCACUGCAACUUGCCCACAGGUGGAGCCUUGAACAUUACAAGCCUCUCCGCCUAUUUGAGACCUUCAACUGAUGCACCAAACUUCUUAAUCGAAGUCAUCCGCAGCAGUCCAACAUCUCUCAUCCUCAUUCUUGAUCUACCUCCACGAAAGGACCUCGUCCAACAUCCUGAUUACCUUAAAACCUUUUACGAGGAAACACAAUUAGACGAACAGAGACAACUUCUCGAGAAGCUACCUGAGGUGAAGCCUUACUUCUCUUCAUCUCUAUAUAUCCGAGCUGUUGUCUCUCCGUCAGCUAUCUUGGUUUCCAUAGAAACCGAAGCUUCUCAGGCCGUUCGCAUUGAUGAGAUUAUUCAGGACCACAUAAGUCCUGUUGCUAAGGUAAUGUUGGAGACAUGGUUGGAUCUGUGUGCUUGUGCUGAGAGAAAAUUGACAGAGGAUGAAAGUACAGCUUUGGCAAAGAGGGAUAAAAUAAUUAAGAAUAAGACAAUUGAGAUAGAUCUUGAAUCAAGCUUCCCUAGGCUUUUUGGUCAAGAAGUAGCAAACAAGGUUUUAGUAGUACUAAGGGAAAUCUACAAUGCUUGAAUCUCUUACUUAUGCAGCUGUUGAUUAAUACAGAAAGGUGAUUAUUGUAUGUAAUCUUGUUAAUUCUUCAAAUAUCAGAAAAGGCAAAUUGAAAGUAAUUAUAAAAGUUGCAUUCUUCUGCUCCUC